AUGGCAUCUUCCCACCAGGGGAACGGCACCGUCCCUAACGAUCAAGCCGACCCACCCCCAGAAUCCUCCACCAAGCGCCGAUGGAGACGCAACCGCAUAGCCUGCGACUCGUGCCAUUCCCGUCGCGUACGAUGCGAUCGCCAAUUCCCUUGCUCGCGCUGCCUCCGGAGCGAGAUCAACUGCGAAUUCACCCGUGAACGUCGCAAGCGAGGUCGCAUCGCACGAUCCAAGCUGGCCGAAAUGGCAAAGAAUAAAACCGAGAGCAAGGCGACACCCGCUCCGCCGAAGAUUACGAGUGGCACAUCGGGACUGACUGGGAUGGACGGCGAGGUUCCGAGACAUGCAUCCCCCACAUCGACAUUUCACCAUCGGUCACCACCAACAAAUGCUCCAACCGUCUCCGCUCCGAGUAUCGACGGUCGACGGUCCCAAGCCGACCCGCAACUUCCCAUCCGAAGGCCAGAACCGGGAGGGAAUGUGACCGAGGAAUGGCUCGCGGGAACACACGUAUCGCCGGCUUCAUAUGAGUUCUUGAACGGACCAGCUUUCGGUGACGGACCGUUCCCUCGGAUGUUUGACGUUUGGAAUGGGGUCGAUCUGGCGGCCUAUAGCGCUGGCACUUCGCAAGGCUCCAAGGCGACCAAUGGAACAGCGCCGUCAACCUCUACGGCACCAUUGAAGUACCCGGUCCUACAACCAUUGAUGCCGUUCGUUGAGGCCACAUUGCCUCGGAAGCUUGUAUUUGACCUGCUUGACCUCUAUUUCACCAGUGCCUUCUCCACUCAUAUGCACCCCGUAUGUCACCAUAUUCAUUGUUAUGUCCUACGCAAGGCUUCUUUCCUCAGCAAGGAUGCGCCGCGGUCCAGCAGUCCGGCACUGUUAUCAAGCAUGCUCUGGGUAGCUGCCUUGGACGACAGGGCUUUUUCAUUACCCAUUUCCCCUCCUCAGCGGAAGAGGAUUUGCCAGUUUCUUUGUGCGUUGACGCUCCGCUUGCUACGGCCAUUGAUUCAUGUUUCUUUCAAGGACCAGGGAGGCGCCGCAGAAGCUGUUGCGGCAGCGGCAGCGGCGGCCACGAGUGAUCCAGCGUUUGCUGGUGUUGGCCCGGAUCUGCCGCCUACCACAGUGCACCACCCGUUCGAAGGAGGAGGGGACGAUAGGGGGCUUGUAGGCCCAGCAGGCUCCCUUGAUGACGUUAUUACUUACAUUCAUGUCGCGUCUAUCAUUUCGUCUAGUGAACAAAAGGCUGCCAGUAUGCGAUGGUGGCAUGCGGCCUUUACCCUAGCACGAGAGCUCAAGCUAAACCAAGAGAUCGAAGUGAUGCCAAGUGGCGAGAACCAAGUCGAAGGGUCGAGCCCGCCUUUUGGAUACUCGCUGCCCGGCUGGGACGGCGCUGACCCAGGCCCCGUCUUCGAUUAUUCGAACCCGGUCAGGUCCAGCCUCAACUGUGUUUGUGAUCGUCAAGAGCACAACACCAUUACCGAGGAGCACCGCGAGGAACGGCGACGAACCUGGUGGCUCUUGUACAUCAUGGACCGCCAUCUCGCGCUGUGCUACAACCGGCCACUGGCCCUGCUAGACGCCGAAAGUGAAGACCUACUUUUACCGCUUGACGAAGCAUCAUGGCAAUCAGGCGUUAUCCACAGCAACAGCCCAAAGCCAGACGGGCCACAAUGUCUACUUUCUGCCGACAAGAACAAACGCCGAUUGUUUCCCAACUUUAUCUGCCAUGACCAUUCUGUCUUCGGUUUCUUCCUUCCCCUCAUGACCAUUACUGGCGAGCUCAUCGACCUAAACCAGGCGAGGAAUCACCCAAUGCUUGGCAUACGACUAAACGGCAAGGACGCGUGGAAUGUCCAUGUAAGCGAAGUCCUACGCCAGCUGGAGAUCUACAAGGCUAGCCUCACGACGUUCGCCGCGACCACAUCCGACCCGGAAGCACCCCUUUCCGCCUAUGCGCACGCCCAGCCCGAACAUUUACCAGCCGAGCCAUCACUGUCUCAAGCCUACGCAUGGCACACGCAGACGGUUAUAUCGUAUGCGUCAUAUUUAGUCCACGUGCUCCAUAUUCUGCUAGUCGGCAAGUGGGACCCUGUGUCCCUGAUCGAGGACAAAGAUUUCUGGACGUCAUCCCCCGCGUUCGCAUCGACCAUCUCGCACGCGCUGGAUGCAGCCAACUCAGUUGAUCAAAUUCUCCGAUUCGACCCCGACAUUAGCUUCAUGCCUUAUUUCUUCGGUAUCCAAUUGCUGCAAGGGAGCUUCCUUCUCCUGUUGAUCGUUGAGCGGCUGCAGAAGGAGGCCGGGGAAGGCAUCCUUAAUGCAUGCGAGGUGAUGAUCCGAGCGACGGAAUCAUGUGUUGUCACUCUAAACACCGAGUACCAGAGAAAUUUCCGACAGGUCAUGCGCAGUGCCGUCGCCCAAGCGCGGGGGAGGCCAGUCAAUCACAGCGAGAUACGCCACCGGCGCAAGGCCGUCCUAGCGCUAUACCGGUGGACAAGGAAGGGAACCGGGUUGGCCCUCUGA